UUCUCAGGAAAUGCGGUUUCCUCGCUCUAGUUCCGCGGGACAUUUUGUUCCGGGCCGUAAAGUGUGAAUCGCCGGCCUGAUUGCCGUGGCCACUUUUGUUUCGCUUUGGUGCCGUCGCUAUGAUUCCUCUGCCCGUGGUGGUCUGCGUGUUGGGGGGCUGGUGCGCCAUAUACAUAGGCGACACGAUACUGAAGUCAUCUUCUCUGAAAGAAUCUUAUGAGGAAUGGCUUGUAUCCUAUGGAUUGUCAGUCUCUCCAUUCCAUGUGCGAUGGCAGACAGCUUUUUUCAACCGCCUUUUCUACACCUGGGGAAGAUGGAAGCCAAGAUUUCUUUAUCUCUGGUUUAACAUAGGGAUGAUUUUUGGCAUAGCAGCUAUGUUUGCUUCUGUGGUUCUGCUUGGGAAGACAUUGAUGCAGACUCUGUCACAGAUGUUAACUGAAAACCCUGCAAGUCAAAAUGAUCAAAUGCUGCAGGUUGUGGUACCUGGUGUAAACCUUCCCAUCAGCCAGCUGUCCUAUUUCUUCACAGCAAUCCUCAUCAGUGGUAUUAUACAUGAAGUUGGCCAUGGAGUGGCAGCUAUUAGAGAGCAAGUUCGGUUUAAUGGCUUUGGAAUUUUUAUAUUUAUUGUCUAUCCUGGAGCAUUUGUUGACCUAUUCACUACUCAUUUACAACUAAUAUCUCCCAUUCAGCAGCUAAGAAUAUUUUGUGCAGGUGUCUGGCAUAACUUUGUGCUUUGUCUUGUGGGUCUUGUAUUUCUCUUCUUCCUACCUGCUAUUCUUUACCCAUUUUAUUACACUGGUGCAGGAGCACUUGUUAUUGAAGUCACUCAGGAUUCUCCUGCUAAUGGUCCUAGGGGUCUUUUUGUUGGUGACCUUGUCACUAGUCUGCAAGAUUGCUCAGUUUAUAGUGUGGAAGACUGGCAUGCCUGCCUGGAAAACAUCUAUCAGAAGCCACAAAAGGGCUAUUGCAUAAAAUCAUCAAUACUACAGCAGCUAAGCUUCUCAACAAGAGGUUUUAAAAGACUUGAUGGCACUGUUGAAUGUUGUAACAACAAUAGCCUCACAGACAUCUGCUUUUCAUACAGUAAUAAUCUGAACAGCCAAAUGGUAAGUUUUUAUUUAAAUAGAAAAGUACAUUUUUUCGGAAUUCAAUAG